AUCUUAACUAGCAUUACAAUUUACGAGUAAAAAGUAAAACAAAAUAAAUAAAUAAACAUAAUAAGCACAACAUACGGUCAGCAGUGUUUGACAAUUGUGUUAUUACGGUAUUUUUUAUAUCUCAAGUCUCAACACUAUAUUUAAACAGAACAGAGAAAAGAAUUACGUCAAUCAAUAAUUAUAAACAAGAGAAGUAGUACUGUACUUAUAAUUACAAACGCUUAUGUACCGCAUUUAUAACAGGCCAACAUUUUAACUAUAUUUAUUUAUAUGAGCCUAGCUAGAGUGGACUUGGACAGCAGGAGUACCUUACCCAAAAAUAUUUUUCAUGUUAUGUCAGAGAUGUAUUAUUUUGUUAGUUACAAUUCAAAUAUUUUUACACGUUUUCUUUUUUAUUAACAUUUUAAUAUAAAUAAAUGAAUGUUACGAAUACAACCACUUCCAUAUGGAGUUUGUUCUAUAUCCGUUCCCAUUUUAAAUUGUGUUUUAUAAUUUAUAAUCGACACAGGAUUUACAAGAUAAAUUGAAAUCACCUUGUAACAAUGCUCCGACACUUUAUUGAUAACCAACUGUGAAUUUGUGUAGGUCAGUUACUCGUGAAACUUCAAACGAUUAAAGAACACACAUUUAUAAAUUAUUGACGUUUUAUUACAAUAGAGACCUUGAAUAUAUUAUAAAAACAUUACUAUCGUAUUAAGCACCUAAAUCUUACUUCACUUCACUUGGCGUAAUUGUAACCAAAUUUAAUUCUAAGCAAACAAAAAGUGUAAACAUUCAUAUUCAUGAGCCCAUUAUCGCAUAAGUAGUAAGUACUGAUAAAAUAAAUCAUUUCGCCGUAGCUACCCACCCGGAUCGUCCGUUGUUUUCCAGUUACAGUCAGAUAACAUUGUUUACGAACUAGAAACAAAGUUUUAUUUGCGGGUGGCGAAAUUUGGAACUACAGUAAUUAUUAGUAAUCUUCUAGUGUGGUGAAGAAGGCAACGCUGCUGACGGCCGCAGAUAAGUUUGUUCUUAAUUCAAUAUGGCGCUGAGAAGUAAAGGUAUGUUUUGUUAUCGUAGUCGAUUGAUUUAGUUAUUAUUGUUUUAUGGUUGAUUAGGAUGACUUAACUUGAACUACAUUAAUUUAUUGUGAAUAAAGUGAAAACGUAGACAUUUAUGAGCCUUAUCUGCGUUAAGUAUUAUUGUGUUUUGUUAUAAACUUUUUCUAUAGAUGUAAAAUUUUGGCAGUAUGAGGACUUGUCCUUGGUUGGAUGUUGUAUGGAAUUUAUAGACAUGAGCCUAUUGAAUAACAUUUACGUACAUUAUGUAAAUCAAACUUGUAUUACGUUAAUUAAUAUUUUAAUUUGUACAGGUGUAUUUAUAGUUGGCGCGAAAAGGACGCCAUUUUGUAGUUAUGGCGGGCCUUUUAGAGAGAUGCCAGCUUCACACAUUUUCGCCUCUGCAGCGAAGGCAGCGAUUACUUCAGCCAAUGUCGAUCCUAAUGCCAUUGACAAUACUAUCGUUGGAAACGUUAAUUUUUUGAGCCAAUGCGACGGUGGAAAGACCGCAAGGUACUGUGGCCUGUAUUCAGAAGUGCCAAUUCACAAGCCAGCUUUAGGAGUCAGCAAAGCAUGUGGAACUGGUCUUCAAGCUAUUAUUACGAGUGCUUUGGAUAUCUUAACAGGUUCAGCAAAAUUAUCCUUAACAGGCGGGACAGAGAACAUAUCUUCUCUCCCUCUUUUAGUCCGCAACAUCCGUUUUGGUACUUCUUUAGGAGCAUCAUAUAAACUAGAAGAGUACAUAACGGAGCAGUACUUGGAUUCCAACGUUGGACUGACGCUGCAGCAGAUGGCUGAAGAGGUGGCAAAGAGUUGUGGAGUAUCGAGGGACGAGGCCGAUGAGUUUGCUCUAAAGAGCCAUUUGAAAUGGAAGGCAGGUUAUGAAAACAGGGUAUUCGAUGACGAAGUAGUAAUUGUAAAAGCCAAAACGAAGAAAAAAGAAGUAUUGGUGGCGAAAGAUGAACUCCCACGGACUUUCAUCACCGAUGAGCACCUUAGUUGCCUGCCUCCUAUAACAGGACUUUCGAUUGUCACUGAAGGGAAUUCUUCGAGUCCAGCCGAUGGCGCAGCAGCCUUACUCCUAGCAAACUCAGAAGCAGUGGAACAGCAAAACCUCCAGCCGCUAGCUAGAGUAGCUGGCUGGGCGUGCGUGGGGACAGACCCAAAGAAUGCUCUAGGGGCAGUACCAGCGGUUCGAAAACUAUUGGACGUCAUGAAACUUACUAUUGAAGAUGUGGACUUGUUUGAGAUCAACGAAACCUUCGCCACAGCCGCGCUAGCCACAGCGCGGGCACUGCAUAUAGAAGACAGAGUGAACCAGCACGGGGGCGCCUUGGCUGUGGGCCACGCCCCCGCGGCUACCGGCGCUCGUAUGGCAGUUCAUUUAGCUCAUCAAAUUAGCCAGAAUAAAGUAAAGAGGAGUAUAGCAGCCUCCAGCUGUGGUGGUGGCCAAGGAGUUGCUGUCAUGUUGGAACACAUUUAAACAUUAUGUAUUAACAGUUGUAUACAAAAUUAGAUAAAUUCCCUAUUUUUAUAAUGGAAAAAUAUAAAUAUAAAUGAGCAAACCCCUUGAAAACAAUUCUAACACCUCCACCUUACAGAAAACCGCAGCCAAAUGAAAGUAGACCAGUGAGGAAGGUUGCCAGAGCUCAACGAGCAUGUGACACCUUUGGAGUUGCAGACGUCAUAGGCUAUGGUAACUGCUUACCAUUAGUCGGGCUGUAUGCUUGUUUGCCACCGACGUAGUAUAAAAAAAAAACAAUAUAGUGUUUGGGAUGGCUUUAUACAAUUGAUAAUUCUAUGUUGAUAUGUCACAGUUUUCAAUUGUUUGAGUUAAAUGUAAUGCCUGUAUAACAACAACGGUAUAUGCAACAUUUAAUUACUUUAAAAAAAAUAUAUAUAUAUAUAUAUAUAUAUAUAUAUACAAUGUUUUUGUAAAUUAACUAUAACAUUUGGUUUCCUUCAAGAAUCACAGUUGCUAUACAAAAAUGUAUUAUUCAUUACAUAAUUCUAGCCCGAGCCCUCUCGCACAUGAGAGGAGGCCUGUGCCCAGCAGUGGGACGUAUAUAGGCUGAAUUAUUUAUUAUAUAAUUCAUAAAUUAUUUAUAUAAUUGCAAACUUAAAUGCAAGUUUUAAAAUACUCUUAUGUUUAUAAUAUUAAGUCAGUGUCAUAAUAAAUUAAGAUUUUUUUUUUAUAAUUUAACAGUGAAAGUAAAUUAUGAACAUAUCUAUACCAAACUAUGUAUCAACCAGCUUCACAUUAGUAUUUAAUACAGUUUUUUUUUUAUGCAAAAAUUAUUUAAAAAACAUCUAAUUUUGAGGUUCUACAUAUCUUAACUAAGGAUUACACUGUGACAUUUAGUUAUGAGUUAGCUUACACUAGUAUUAUACCUAAAGUACUAUUAUGUUAAUGUUUCCCCUUUUGUGACCUGUAAAUAAAUGAUAAUCUUUUAUAAAA